AUGUCGCAAGAUCAAAGCAUGGCGGAUCCAUACAUGUACGAUGAAGACGACUCGCAGAAAAUCACACCAGAGGAUUGCUGGACAGUUAUAUCGUCAUUUUUCCAAGAAAAAGGGUUGGUGUCGCAACAGUUGGAAUCAUUCAAUGAAUUCAUCGAGUCCACGAUCCAGGAGUUGGUCUGGGAGGAUGCGCAUUUGAUCCUAGAUCAACCUGCACAGCACACGUCCGAAGAUGACCAUUUCAACAAGAGAUACGAAAUUGCAUUUGGCAAGAUUUACAUCUCGAAACCGAGCCAGACGGAAGGAGACGGUACCACACACCCCAUGUUCCCGCAGGAGGCAAGGCUUCGUAAUCUCACAUACUCGUCGCCCUUAUAUGUCGACAUGACAAAGAAAGUGUUUGAAUCGGACGACAACAACCGAAUAGACAAUGAGCUAGAGUGGCGCGAAGUGAAGCCGGAAAAGGAGCAGAGGGACAAGGACAAGGAGGACGACUCCAAAUCCCACACCUAUCUCGGUAAAGUGCCCAUUAUGUUGAGAUCGCAGUUUUGUAUGUUGAAAGACUUGGGUGACCACGAGAUGUUUGAGUUGAAAGAGUGUCCCUAUGACAUGGGUGGAUACUUUGUCAUUAACGGGUCAGAAAAAGUGUUGAUUGCACAAGAGAGAAGUGCUGCAAAUAUCGUACAAGUGUUUAAGAAAGCAGCACCUUCACCCAUUUCGCAUGUGGCGGAGAUUAGAUCCGCCAUCGAAAAGGGUUCAAGAUUGAUUUCGUCUAUGCAGAUAAAGUUGUAUGGGCGUGAAGAAAAGGGAACCUCGGCAAGAACAAUCAAAGCAACUUUGCCAUAUAUCAAGGAGGAUAUUCCAAUUGUUAUUGUCUUUCGAGCAUUGGGAGUUGUUCCCGAUGGUGAUAUUUUGGAGCAUAUUUGUUACGAAGAAAAUGAUUGGCAAAUGUUGGAGAUGUUGAAACCGUGUGUCGAAGAAGGUUUCGUUAUCCAGGAACGUGAAGUUGCGUUGGAUUUCAUUGGAAGACGAGGGGUCUUGGGUAUCAGAAGAGAGAAGCGUAUUCAGUACGCGAGAGAUAUCUUGCAAAAGGAGUUACUACCCAACAUUACUCAGGAGGAAGGUUUUGAAACCAGAAAGGCUUUUUUCCUCGGGUACAUGGUCAAUAGAUUAUUACUUUGUGCGUUGGAGAGAAAGGAACCAGACGAUAGAGACCACUUUGGUAAAAAAAGAUUAGAUUUGGCUGGUCCGUUGUUGGCAAACUUGUUCCGAAUCUUGUUUAAAAAAUUGACCAAGGACAUUUACAACUAUAUGCAAAGAUGUGUUGAAAACGACAAGGAGUUCAAUCUUACAUUGGCGGUAAAGUCGCAGACCAUCACCGAUGGGUUGAGAUACUCUCUUGCGACUGGUAACUGGGGUGAGCAAAAGAGAGCUAUGAGCUCUAGAGCCGGUGUUUCUCAAGUGUUGAACCGGUAUACUUAUUCUUCAACAUUGUCGCAUUUGAGACGAACAAACACCCCUAUUGGUAGAGAUGGUAAGAUUGCCAAGCCUAGACAGUUGCAUAAUACCCACUGGGGAUUGGUUUGUCCCGCAGAGACUCCCGAGGGUCAGGCAUGUGGGUUGGUGAAGAAUUUAUCCUUGAUGACGUGCAUUUCUGUCGGUACACCUUCGGAUCCCAUCAUUUCAUUCUUGCGCGAUUGGGGUCUAGAGCCCUUGGAGGACUAUGUGCCUUCCAACUCGCCCGAGGCAACCAGGGUGUUUGUCAAUGGUGUCUGGGUUGGUGUGCAUAGAGAGCCUGCUUCUUUGGUUGAUUACAUGCGUGAUCUUCGAAGAAAUGGCGACAUCUCGCCCGAGGUUUCGAUCAUCCGAGACAUUAGAGAAAAGGAGUUUAAAAUCUUUACGGAUGCAGGAAGAGUCUUUAGACCAUUGUUUAUCGUUGACGACAAACCGGAUUCAGAAACCAAGGGUGACUUGAAACUCACAAAGGAGCAUGUUAACCAAUUAUUGGAAACUUCAUACGAAGGUUAUGACGAGGAAGAAGAAGGCCCUGGUUACAAAUGGUCCUCGUUGGUUAGAGAAGGAAUUGUGGAAUACGUUGAUGCCGAGGAAGAGGAAACAAUUAUGAUUGCAAUGACACCUGAAGAUUUGGAAGCGUCCAAGAGUAGCUUAAGUGAGACUCAACAGCAGGAAUUGCAAAUGGAGGAUCAGGAAAUUGACCCCGCCAAAAGAAUCAAGCCCACCAGCAGUAGCAACACGCACACUUUUACUCAUUGCGAGAUCCAUCCUUCAAUGAUUCUUGGAGUGGCAGCCUCCAUUAUCCCAUUCCCAGACCACAACCAAUCUCCACGUAACACUUAUCAAUCUGCAAUGGGUAAGCAAGCCAUGGGAGUGUUUUUGACCAACUAUUCAGUGCGAAUGGACACCAUGGCGAACAUCUUGUACUACCCGCAGAAACCUCUUGCCACGACGAGAGCGAUGGAGCAUUUGAAAUUCCGUGAACUUCCAGCUGGCCAAAAUGCAAUUGUUGCCAUUGCCUGUUAUUCUGGUUAUAAUCAGGAAGAUUCUAUGAUUAUGAACCAAUCUUCUAUUGAUAGAGGUUUGUUCAGAUCCUUAUUCUUUAGAUCCUACAUGGACUUGGAAAAGAGGCAAGGAAUGAAGGCUUUGGAAACGUUUGAAAAGCCAUCGAGGUCAGACACUUUGAGAUUGAAGCACGGAACAUACGAGAAAUUGGACGACGACGGGUUGAUUGCGCCCGGUAUCAGGGUGAGUGGAGAAGACAUCAUCAUUGGUAAAACGACUCCUAUCCCCCCAGAUACCGAGGAAUUGGGGCAGAGAACACAAUACCAUACCAAGAGGGACGCUUCGACGCCGUUGAGAAGUACAGAGUCGGGAAUUGUUGAUCAAGUUUUGUUGACCACCAACGGUGAUGGAGCCAAAUUUGUUAAAGUCAGGAUGAGAACUACAAAAGUGCCCCAGAUUGGAGACAAGUUUGCUUCUAGACACGGUCAGAAAGGUACCAUUGGUGUCACCUAUAGGCAUGAGGACAUGCCAUUCACGUCACAAGGUAUUGUGCCCGACUUGAUUAUUAAUCCGCAUGCUAUUCCAUCGCGUAUGACAGUGGCGCAUUUGAUCGAGUGUCUAUUAUCCAAAGUUUCUUCCUUGUCGGGACUCGAAGGUGACGCGUCCCCCUUCACCGAUGUUACAGCCGAGGCAAUUUCGAAAUUAUUGAGAACCCACGGAUACCAAUCGAGAGGGUUUGAGGUGAUGUUCAAUGGUCACACCGGUAAGAAAUUGAUGGCACAAGUGUUUUUCGGCCCCACAUACUACCAAAGAUUGAGGCACAUGGUGGACGACAAGAUCCACGCAAGAGCAAGAGGACCGGUGCAAGUGUUGACCAGGCAACCAGUCGAAGGUAGAUCAAGAGAUGGAGGUUUGCGUUUCGGAGAGAUGGAGCGUGAUUGCAUGAUUGCUCACGGUGCCGCUGGUUUCCUUAAAGAGAGAUUGAUGGAGGCAUCGGAUGCCUUUAGAGUGCACGUUUGUGGGGUGUGUGGAUUAAUGUCUGUCAUUGCCAACUUGAAGAAGAACCAGUUCGAGUGCCGGUCUUGUAAAAACAAGACAAACAUUUAUCAAAUCCACAUACCUUACGCAGCCAAACUUUUGUUCCAAGAGUUGAUGGCCAUGAAUAUCACCCCAAGAUUGUACACGGAAAGCUCCGGAGUGAGUGUCCGUACCUGA